AUGUCGCGCCCCGAAUACACGGCCCCGCCCGAAGUUUUUUACGAUGAGAAGGAGGCCCAGAAGUAUACCUCCAAGUACGGCACUACCUCGCGUAUCAUUGAGAUCCAGAGUCGCAUGUCCGAGCGAGCCCUCGAGCUGCUGGCGCUGCCGGACGGCGAGCCCAAGUACAUUCUCGACAUUGGCUGCGGCUCGGGCCUGAGCGGCGACGUCAUUGAAGAGCACGGACACAUGUGGGUCGGCGUGGACAUCAGCCCUUCCAUGCUCGACGUGGCCGCCGAGCGAGGAGUUGAUGACGGCGACGUCUGUCAGAGCGACAUGGGCCACGGCCUGCCCUUCCGUGCCGGCUCCUUCGAUGGGGCCAUCAGCAUUUCGGCCCUGCAGUGGCUGUGCAACCAAGACAAGACGAACCACAUUCCACAGAGGCGCAUGAAGAAGUUCUUCUCCUCACUCUACAAUUGCCUGAGCCGAGGUUCGAGGGCAGUGUUCCAGUUCUACCCGGACGGGCCUGACCAGGUCCAGCUGCUCACGGCUGCGGCCAUGCGCUCCGGCUUUACGGGAGGCCUCGUGGUCGACUUCCCCAACAGUACCAAGGCCAAGAAGUACUUCCUGGUGCUGUUCGCCGGCUCGCCCGUCGGCCAGACGCAGCUGCCCAAGGGACUGGACGACGAGCCGCGCAACACGGUGGCCUACGACACGCGAAACGAGGCGCGGGAGCGGGCGCGGGCGAGGCGGAACGGCGGCAGCCACAGCAAGCCCGCAUUCAAGAGCAAGGACUGGAUCUUGAAGAAGAAGGAGCGACAACGGAAGCAGGGCAAGGACGUGCGGGACGACAGCAAGUACACCGGCCGCAAACGUCGCGGUGCCUUCUAA